UUGUAAGAAUUAUAACUUUCUGGGUUAUUAAUAGUGGACCCCACAUGCUAAUGGAGAUAGUGGCAAUGCACUGAAAUUCAUCAGCCUCUCUGAAUGAUACUCCCUAUCUUCAUCCCCCCGACCCGUCUUUUUGGUGAUUUUAAGGAAGGCUUGUAAGAUUCUUAAUCUCUUUCUGGAAAGUUCUCUUUUGGUGGAGAGUGUUUCUUCUGAAGCAAUUUCAUUUCGGAAAAGGUUUGCCAACCUGAAGGAGAAUAAUAUUGCAUGAUAUGGAUUGGUUUGACAAGUUGCUUGAGGACACCAACCAUGUAAUUUCACGAGGACAAUACCAUGGCAGACACGGAGAUGACAGAAUUUGGGAUAAUCAAUUUAGUUCAACGGCUGAUGAAUUGACGGAUAUUGAGAAAGAAGACAUUGACCGUGCAAUUGCACUCUCUCUGGCAGAGGAGGAUCAGAAAGGGAAAAAAGUUAUUCAGGAUGAUUAUCUUUCUGAAGAUGAACAACUUUGUAUAAUUGAUGAGGAGGAGGAUGAACAUCUUGGUAAAGCUCACCUAGAUGAAGAUGAAUAUCUUGCUAAAAUUAAACAGGUUGAAGAUGAACAUCGUGCUAAAGUUCAACUUGAGGAAGAUGAGCAACUUGCCAGGGCAAUUCAAGAGAGUUUGAACAUUGGUUCUCCUCCUCGACAUGACAAUGAUCCUUUAUUUCAACCUUUUCCGCACUUCUUUCCACCUGGAUGCAGAAUUUGUGCUGGGUGCAACACUGAGAUUGACCAUGGAAGAUUUUUAAGUUGCAUGGGAGCAGUCUGGCACCCAAAAUGCUUCCGCUGCCCUGCUUGCCAUCUUCCAAUUACUGAUUCUGAGUUUUCCAUGUUUGAAAAUCGCCCUUACCAUAAAUCCUGCUACAGGGAGAAGCAUCACGUAAGAUGUGAUGUUUGCAAGAACUUUAUCCCAACUAAUUCAGCUGGCCUCAUUGAGUAUAGAGCUCAUCCUUUCUGGCUACAAAAAUACUGUCCAUCGCAUGAGCUUGAUGGUACUCCUCGUUGUUGUAGCUGCGAAAGAAUGGAGCCACGGGAUACAAAAUAUCUUUUGCUUGAUGAUGGUCGAAAGCUAUGUCUAGAGUGUCUAGACUCAGCAAUUAUGGAUACUCAUGAAUGCCAACCUUUGUACAUUGAAAUACAAGAAUUUUAUGAAGGUUUAAAUAUGAAAGUGGAGCAGCCAAUUCCUAUGCUUUUGGUUGAGAGACAAGCACUGAAUGAGGCCAUGGAGGGAGAAAAGAAUGGUCAUCACCACUUACCUGAAACUAGAGGACUCUGCUUGUCAGAAGAGCAAACUGUCACCACUAUUUUAAGGAGACCAAGGAUAGGGGCAGGCUACCGAGUCAUGGACAUGAUAACUGAGCCUUACAGGCUGAUCCGCCAUUGCGAAGUGACAGCCAUUCUUGUUUUGUAUGGCCUUCCUAGGUUGUUGACAGGAUCAAUCCUAGCCCAUGAGAUGAUGCAUGCAUGGCUCAGGCUUAAAGGUUAUCCCAACCUGAGUCCAGAAGUUGAAGAAGGAAUCUGCCAAGUCUUGGCUCAUAUGUGGUUAGAUUCAGAGCUUUAUUCUGGAUCUGGGAAUGAUGGUGUACCCUCAUCAUUGCCUUCCUCUUCUUCUGCUUCAUCAAAGAAGGGUAAACGAUCUGAUUUUGAGAAGAAACUUGGUGAGUUUUUUAAACAUCAAAUUGAAUCAGAUACUUCAUCAGCUUAUGGAAAUGGAUUCAGAUCGGGUAACAAGGCAACGCUUAAGUAUGGGCUCAAAAGGACCCUUGACCAUAUCCAAAUGACCGGAAGUUUUCCAUAUUGAAAAUUUUAAAGAUGAUACAAUUUUCUCACCUAUUCAUACGUCCACCAAUCCCUCAGCUUGGUCAUAUAAAUUAUGUAGUUUAAAGACCUCUAGAUCAUAUGGUUUAACACUAAAUAAGGAAUGAAAAUGCUCCUCUUAACGUGCAGUUGCUCUGUAAUCUCUGUCAAAUGUUGGCACCAUAUGUUCUGUAUGUAUCACUAAAAUACUAUUCAGAAGUUGAGAUAAACAGUUGAAGGAAUGAAAGUAUAUAGAAUUAAUCUUGUACGCUGAAAUUCGUUUCCUCACCUGGAAAUUUUAACUGCUCCCUACUUUUUAGAUUUGUUUUAGAGGAAGAUUGAUGUUUUGUCUUCGGGGUCUUACUAAUAGCUUUUGGAUAAGGUACUUUUCUAUUGCUUUCUUUCCUCAUUACUUAAAUUAAUUCGGAUUUAUGCAAGGGAAAAUUUCACCAGGAAGAUAUCUUUAUCUCUAUUUGAGUAAAUCACUUAUUAAAAUUGGUAAAAAGCAACAUUUGUUCUACUCUCCCAUUUAUGAUUAAUGUCAUAAUUUUUCCUACUAUUUGUAAAGGAUUACCUGUUUCGGCGGUCCUAAAAAUAUGCUCCACUUUAACCGCUACAUAUGUGUCAUUUAGUUAUUUGAUUUUAAAUUAUCUAUUGUGGUUCGCUUUCCCCUGAAUGUCUAAAAUGUUCUUUUAUUAUGUAAUACUUAUUAUGUAAAUGAUACACAUAAGUUAGUUUUUUUUUAUCACUAUAGUCUUUAAUUAAUAAUUAAUUACUAAUUCGUCCUUAAAUCAAAAUAUAUCAUCCAUCUAUCCUUGUUUUAUUGUGCACAACCUAAAAUACCCGGGUACAUAGGCGGUUACCCGGGUAUAAUUUAAAAAUUUCACUCUACCCGGGAAGUUAGGUGGGAUAUCCGGGUAUUGUUCAAAAUCUGGAAAAUGGCUUGAAUUAUUUACCCGGGUAAUAUAAUAUCCCUUACCAUGAAAUUUAAUUAAUUGCAUGUAAUUAGGCAAUUAAUCUUGUAUUAGUGGGUUGAAUCAGGUAAGAUAUCUAAUUAAGAGAAUUAGAGUCACUUUUGAGUAAAAGUGCAGUUAGUAGGAGUUUAGGGGUAAAACGAUAAUUAGCCAAAUUAUACCCGGUACCAUAAAAUAUUAUUGUGAGACAUUAUUUAAUGAUGUCAUUGGCAAAGUUUGAAAUCAAAUUAGAUAAUCUAAGUGGUAUGAGAGCAAGCCUCUCUUCUAGUAUGGUCUGGUUCGAGGACGAACCAGUGGAAGCUGGUGGGCAUAUAACAUCCUGGGCGCUGACGAGGGCGGGGAGUGAUCGUCGGUGCGAAAGGCCAUGGACAAGAAACGACUCUUUACAGGCUUCCAGCGGGGGUUUACAUGAAUGAAUCGAAUCGAUACCCGAAAGAGAGGGAUUCCAAAGACUGUGCUGGUAUGAGACUGCAUAGUUUGGGAUAGCUUAUAAGAAUUAAUUUGUACUACCUAUACUAACAAGAUGCAUCUACUUUUCGGUAACCCAGAAAGGAAGAACUCCAUAGUUAAGUGUGCUUGACUUGCAGUAAUCCUGGGAAGUUUUUUCAGGAAGUGUGUGAGUGAGAAAAAAACACAUUGAAAAGUCUCGUGUUAUUAUGUGGGAUAGUCAUUGAUUCUUGAAGCGGCCGGACGUUAUAGGUAGGGAGGGGGCUACCCGAGUAAAUGUUGCCGGGUAGGAUUUUUAAAUAACCCAGCAGCCCCAAUUUGGAAAAUCCACAAAGGGGAACUAGGUAGAGCUGCUGGAAGUGCCUCAUCAUCGAUUCCCUCACCAAAUCUCGCUAUCAAUCUUCCUGUUUCAGAUCAUCCUUCGCGCACCAUUAUUGUUUCCUUCUACCGAUUUAAUUCCAUUAAAGGUACAUAUUUUUCCUUUUUAACAAUGCAUUCUGAUUUUGAUAUGUUUGUCACAUUGAAGUGAAAAAUUAUUGCAUUUUUUUAGUUUGCGUGGUUAAACAUUGCAUUCUGACCGUUUAAUUUUUAAAAGUCGUAACCCUAACCGUUUUGAUUCUGAUUUCUGAUUUUGCAUUUUAUUUUUUAGUUUCAUAGUAUGACUGCAUGGUUGAUAGACGCAUUUCAAAGAAGAGAGCGGGGGAUACCGAGAGGAGGACCAAGCGCCGACAUGAUGGGACGUCAUCCUCUCAGCCCCAGGCUGCUAUGCAUCAAGCUCCAGACUUGCCGUUCGGAUAUUUAUUUGAGGAUGAUAGUGAUGCACACGAGAGGUUUGUGAAGUCCUUCAUGAGCCGCAAGAUUUGUGAGCCGAAAUCACUGGAUUUGGCCUUCUUCAACUUGGAGCGGUUCGACAUUGUGCCACUUAUUGAGCAGACACAUUUGCCGGUGCUUGCGAAGAUGAGGUGCCCGUAUUCGGAGGUUAUGGUGAGAGCAUUCUACCAGAACCUCAACUAUGUGCAUGGCGAGCUGACUUUCCGUGUCCGCGGAUUGAUAUUAUCCUUACUGCUCCUAUCUGGACAUAGCUACUGGGGUUUGAGUUUGAUGGUCUCACAGAUGCAGCACUAUAUGACGGUGACUCCUAUCUUAUAUUUAGUGGUUAUGAUCGGAGGCCAUUGUUGCAGAGACCAGGAGAGCAGAUGUUGAGGCCUGACAAUUUGGUCAUUAUCCUGUGAGCAAUUUGUUGGUGUCUGCCCGCAUUCUUCUUUAUGUGGUCACAGACAUUACUUUCCAGCGUGGUCAUAAUCACUCGAAGGUGACUUUUGUGAUCUUGUGGGCCCUCCUUCACCAUAUUCAGGGGAACUGGAGGCACUACAUAUGCAUCCUGAUGUGAAAGGCAACCAAGUCUAGGAAGGCUGAAUUUCCUUUUGCAUUCCUGGUGUAGAAGAUUUUGCACAGGUUUGGUGUGCCUAUGGAAACUAAACGAAGACAGCCACAUGAUGGAAUGCCAUGUUUGGUGAGCGUCUCCUGAAGUAGUGUGGGAUCCUGGAGAGCCGAGCGAGUGUGUGGUACUGGAAGAGGGCACUUGAACCACCUGAGAUCCCCCUUCACCAUGAUGCUGAGAUGGAGGAUGCACCUGCUGGCCUUGAUGACGAUGACGAUGAUGAUGGCACUGCUGUUGCUGAUGAUGCACCUGCACGUCCUACCCGCAUCCGACGACCACCAACUCCUCCAUCUCUUGAGGGUGGAUGGACAGCUCUUGAGGGUGGAUGGACACUUGACCAUGUCAUGACAUCCAUGUAUAGCCUGACAUGUGGCCUUGACUCCUUGACCAGUGAGUUGAGGGUCUUUAGACAGAGCACAAGCAAGUGAUGGACCCAAAUUGACAGCAGGGUGACACGCAUGGAGGCUGGCUACAGACAGGGUGCCCACACUGGUGAGGAGGCUGAUGCUGUUGUUGAGGAUGACGAUGAGGAUGAGGAGGACGAUGAUGAUAGGGAGGAGACACAAUUGGAUUCCAGCCAGUAGGGUUUACUUUUUUGGAUGUAUUUUGGGUUAGUCAGGAUGUAUUCAGCCCAUUUUUGGAUGUAUUGGGUUGUUUCAUGGAUAUGCACCUUUUGUACUUGGA